GCUAACUACCGGUUUGCUGUCUGAGGGGUGUCUGUGGCUUGGCUCGGCCUUUGCAGCACCUGAAGCGGCUCUGGUUGUGUUCUGUGCGGGUGCUGCUGCGCUCGGACCUGCCGGUGGUGCUUGAGAGUUAUCUCAUCAACCUAAAGAUGGCAACUCUGAUCUUUAUUGAUCAGGAGAAUGAUGAAGUUGGCACUACUAAGAAUCGCCUAAGACUCCCUUCAGGAUCUUCAAAAAUCUUAUCUGAAAGAGCACAAGUUAAGACUCCACUUCCCAAAAAAACAGUCAGUACAUCUCCAGGUGCACCUCGCUCUGUCAGGAAGGCUCUUGGAAAUGUGAAUAGAACUCAAGAAGUCACAAGCAAGUCAGAAAAGUUAAGACAGAAAAGUCAGCCUUGUGCUGCAAACAAAAACACUGCAGGUUUAGAAAGCUGUGAUGCAGUGGCUGAAGAACAGUGGCCAGAAAUAGAAAAUAUGUUUCCUUUUGAUCCUCGAGACUUUGAGAGUUUUGACCUUCCUGAAGAGCACAAACUAAGCAAUAUCAACCUGCAUGGUGUUCCCCUCAUGGUAUUUGAAAGGACAUAUGAAAGAUGUGUUAACAUGGUUCCUUCACCUGUGAAGAUUGAAGAGGUUUCAUGGGAGUCUAACUUGCUACAAUCAACUGCUGACUUCCUUGAUACCCUGGAUGAGAUCAUUGACAUGCCACCUCUGAAUUAUGAUGCUUAAUCCAUAUUCUGAAGCUUCUAUUGAGUUCAGAUUUCAUAGUUACGUAUUUUUAAAUAAAAGUUAAUCUAACCUGUAUAAUAAUAGAUUUGUCUGUUUUAAGUAGAUCCAAGAUGUAGAUAGAUAAUACAGUAGUGCUUUGAAAAAGAAGACUUAAAGCUGAGCCUGGGUAAGCUUCAAAGCAAGACUAUGAUACACUGUUGUCCACUGUAUCUGGAAGUUUGUAAGUGCUGAUUAGACUACCUGGUCAUGAUAGGUUGAGGCCUUUCUGAACUGCUUAGAUAACUUUAUUAAAUAUACAUUAGUUUUAAACAAUUAUGUAUCUAGUAAAAAUUAAGUACUAGAGCUGGUACUCUUGUGGCAUUUUCCUUUAUUGAACUUGUUUGCUGUUUGUUAAAGAUGUGUUGGAUUCUUCUGCAGCUGUAGACUGCUUCUAAUUGUCAAUCAUUGUGGUGCUGAUUGCAGGAUACUGUCUGUGCUCUGUGAGGAAACCCCAUCCUUCAAGUUAUAAGUACACAGUUUUAAUGGUCUUAGCUCCUGUUUUUCAUUACAUAAAGCAGGUCAAUUGUCAGCCUUCACUUAUCUACUUCUACAGCUCUUGGGCAGUGCUCUGAUCUAGUUAUGUGAUGGCAGCCUGAGCUGCUUUCAGCUCAUGCUUAUUAACAUGGGUUGCAAUGCUGUGCCUGUGUUCUGGUCACAUGCUGGCAGAAAGCUUUUCUGUAUUCCAUGAUGCACCUGAGCUCUGACCACAAGGUAUUGCUGUUAACACUGUGGCAUUCUGUAGCUGCAAGCAGCAACAACAGCAAGACCAGCUUUUCAGCUCACGUUUUACAGUAAUGUCUGAAGUAACAAGAAAUACGCUUUAAUGA